AUGGCUGUGUACAUGGCAGACAACCUUUUCCUCCCACUGACUCCGGCUCCUCCGGCGUCUGCGGGACGCGGCGCGAUCGCCGGCGAGCGCCCAGGCCGGGACCCCGCUCUCCGCGCCGCGCCGCCCCCGGGGCUCCUCCGCUGGGGCUUCUCUCCCGGGCGCCCGCGCCGGCCCGAGCCCCAGCGCCGGGGAGCCCCGCUCCUCCCGGGGGACCCGCGGCAGGUCCCCGGCCCGGCCCCGCGCCCCCCGCCACAGCCCCCGGAAGUGCGUGCGGGCGGCCCCGGCGAAGAGCCUGAGAAACCAACUGGGGCCAACCACGUUUCGGAACCUGUACUGCUGGAUACUAAUGUCACCAGAGAUGAACUGUUCUUACCACAGAUUCUUCUGUUCCUGACAGCACACCUCUCCCAGAAGAGAAGAGAGGGAGGGACCACACUGAUCCAGCCGAAGCCUCCCUGGGAGGCGCCUCUGGAUGCCACGUGGAGGCCGCCCGUCCUCCGCAGCACGGAGCCUCUGACCGCCCAGCGCAUGGACAUGGCUCUGCUCAGCAGCAUCCUGGCCACCUUCUCCUUCGUCUCAGAAAACCCUGAGCGAGCGGCCCUGUACUUCGUGUCGGGCGUGUGCAUCGGGCUGGUCCUCACCCUGGCUGCCCUGGUGGUGAGGCUGUCCUGCCGCGCGGACUGCCAGCGGCGGCCCCGUGCCCGGAAGAAGUUCCUGCCGGACCAAGAGAGCAGCAGUGACAGCAGCGACAGCAGCGACAGCGAGGCCGGCAGCUCGGACAUCUCGGUGCGGAGGCACCGCCGCUUCGAGAGGACUUUGAACAAGAACGUCUUCACGUCGGCGGAGGAGCUGGAGCGCGCCCAGCGGCUGGAGGAGCGGGAGCGCAUCAUCAGGGAGAUCUGGAUGAACGGGCAGCCCGAGGUGCCGGGGACCCGCAGCCUGAACCGCUACUACUAGGGUCCGUGCAGGCCCCGCACCGCUGGGAGCAGGACCCCGCACCGCAGGGAGGAGGGGAGCGGGGCUGCAGGGAGGGUGGGCGCAGCGCUGAACGCGGUUGUGCUAAGGGUCCCGCGGACCCCGGAGACAAGCAGGGCACCCCCACUUUCGAGCCAGGAGGACCGCUUCCUCUUUUUGACUAAAAUGUAUGGCGAAGUAGAAAACCCAAGUCGAUCCCUCCAGGUCUCCGGAUCUUGGAAUGGUGCUGAAAAUCCCUCCCCAACAACGUGGACGGAGGUUAGAGAACCAGGACUGUGGUUUCUUCUUGAUGCCGGAGGAUCCCACAAGUUCCUGCAGACUUCAUUGCCGCGUGUUCUUCCUUCACGAAAGGAAAGCUGUGCCUAGCGCCAGGGCUAGGGGCUGCAGGGUGACGGUGGCCCGGCCAGUAGACGCAUUUUUUUCUAAGUGACUCCAGGCCGUGGAGGGAUUCUGAUGCCCAUAGCAUGAGCCAUGCUCGUUAUUUAAGGCUGAUUUUUAAAAAAAAAAUCCUGUGUUGCAAUUGCAACCUCGUCCAUUUUAACUGGCACCUCAGGGAUUAAAAUCCUAUAUUUUAGUAUAGUUUCCACUUCAUUCAUGAAAAUGAAUAGAAUUAAUGUAUUAUGUGGGGGAUGUGUCAGUGAACUAGACAAAUGUCAGUAACCUCAAAGGAUGAAGGGUUCUAUUUUACAUAGUUUAUUAAAAAUAUAUAUUAACAUGGGUAUUUUGAAAAUGCUGCAUAAGAAUAAAAGCUGUCCUCCCCCCCCCCCCCUUUUUGGAGAGCGGAAAAUUUUGUUACCGACUUUAGAUAAUCAUGAUUUUAAACAUGUUGUUAUAAAAAACAAAACAAACAAACAAAAACAAAACACCCCACAAGUUUGGAUUUCCAAGAAAAGAAUUGAAAUGGCAGGUGAGGAAUAAAGCCAAAAUUAGGAUGGGAGAAAAAAAAUAAAUGUUACAUAAAAUCUU